AUGACAAGUAUUCAACCUAUCAAUGAAGCACGACAUCGUAGUGCUAAUGUUAAUUCUGUGCCAUCAUCUUCAGUUCGUUUUUAUUCUGCUCGUAUAGCUCCAGAAAAUACCGGAAAUAAAUAUAAAAAAUCAAUUGAAUCACCAUCAAUAUCACCACGUGAUCUUCAAAUCGAUGAAGAAUUAUUUAAAUUUGAUCAAUCUCCACCAUUAUCACCUUCGGCAGAAAGUAAAUUAGAUUCAAUAUCUCCUAUUUCACCAUUAGUCAAUGAAAAUGAUGAAAAACGUGUUAAAAUAUCUGAAUAUCGCACACCUGAAAAUACACCAUUUAAACCUUUAACAUCAAAAUUUUCAAGAAAAAAAUUACAUUGGUAUAUUCUUCUUACACCACGUACAAUUUUUUCAAUAUCAUUAUUAACAAUUCUUUCAUUAAUUAUUGUUCUUAUUGGUUUUGGUAUUGCAGUAUCAAAUCGACAAGCACAAUUAAAUUAUCAAUGUCCAGUAUUAUCAUAUUGUCCAAAAAAUUCAAGUUAUACUGUUUUAUGUAAUAUGACAAAUGAAUAUUGUAGAUGUUAUAAUGCAGAAGAUAAUCUUAUUGGUUGUUUAAAACAACGACAUUAUGGACAAGGUUGUUAUCGUUCACAAGAAUGUUCAAAUCGUGAUAAUCUUCAAUGUAAUAUGAGUCUAUAUCAAUGUCAAUGUCUUGAUCAUUAUAUAUAUAAUGGAAGUUUAUGUGUACCAAUGUUAACAUAUGGUGACAUAUGUUCAAUAUUAAAUGAUACAUGUGAUAAUUUAUUAAAUUUAACAUGUUUAUCGGGAAAUGUUUGUACAUGUAAUACAAAUAUUACAUUUUGGAAUGGACAAUAUUGUGAAUUAUAUCGUUCUAUUAAUUAUCCAUGUGAUCCACAUAAAACUUUAUCAGGUUGUUCAAAAACAUUUAUAUGUGAUAAUAUAACAGCAAUAUGUAAAUGUCCAUCAUCAACUUAUUUUGAUGGUGAAAUAUGUUUAUCAUAUAGGUCAUAUUUAGAACCAUGUUAUGAUACAUCAUCUUGUUUACUAAAUACGCAAUUAUCAUGUUCAUGGGGUUUAUGUCAAUGUAAUGAUUUGUAUUAUUAUUGGUCACCAUCAACUUUGACAUGUAUAUAUCCAAAACAAAUUCAAUAUAAUUCUUCAUGUGAUUAUCAAACAGGUUGUGAAAGUGAUUAUGGUUUACGUUGUAUAAAUAAUCGAUGUGUAUGUGAAGUAAAUUCGUAUUGGACACCAGGUAAUUAUUGUGAUUUUCAAUCACAAUAUAAUGAACAAUGUUUAACUGCUCCUUGUCUUUCUAAUACUGGACUUAUAUGUUCAUCAAAUACAUCAACAUGUACAUGUCCACAAUAUUAUUAUUGGGAUAAUUAUGUAUGUCAAUAUCAACGUACACAUUCAGGAUUUUGUUUAUAUGAUGGUUGGUGUCGUACAGAUAUUGGUUUACGUUGUCGAAAUUUUGCAUGUACAUGUUCAUUAUGUACAACAUGUUUUUGGGAUGGUAUACGUUGUCGUGAUUGUCCAACAUCAUGGCAAAUUGUUAUAUCAAAUGGUACAAUACAACCACGUAUUUAUUGUUAUGUUAAAGUUGAUUAUUAUGUUAAUUGGAAUGAAUCAUUAAAUAAUUGUUCAACAGCAGCAACAUCAUAUUUUGGUAGUAAAAGUCAUUUAGUUUAUAUUGAUGAUUUACAAGAACUUCAAGAUAUAAGUACAUUUGCAACAACACAAUAUUAUGAUAUAUUUAUUGGUCAUACAAAUCGUUAUAAUUAUAGUCAAUGGUUUUUUUCUAAUGGAACAUCAUCACCAACAUUUACAUGGUGUUCAGGUGUAGCAACAACAUUUUCAUCAUUAAAAUGUACUCGUUUACUUAUUAGUUCGGUUUGUGUAACGGAUAUAACAUGUUAUGGAUGGACUUCACGAUAUAUUUGUGAACUUGAUUGA